AAAUUCAGCCGUAGAAAGGAGAAGAUGAGUCUUUGAAUCGGCUUUCUCAUAGAUAAAGAGAAUUAAUAUGUUAUUAUCUUAGAGCAUAUAUACUUAAAUAUAUACAGAGAGAGAGAGAGAGCGCGCGCGCGUGGAAGCGAGGGUGGUAUAUAUGGUUAGGAAGCAUAUGCUGUUGCUUUGUUCAGAGAGCUUGAACUUUGAAGUUAGCUUUGCUUCCCUGAAAAUUUUAGCAGAGAAAAAAGAUAGCCGGUUUGGAGGCUCAGUUUGGUAGACGUAUUGAAACUUAGUAGGAGCGCUGCUUUUUUUUUUUUUGGGAAAAGAUGGUAGAUAUGCAGAGCCAGGAGGAGGUGACGGGAAAUCACUUCAGGAAGCAGCUUGCUGCUUGCGUUAGGAGCAUACAGUGGAGCUAUGCAAUCUUCUGGUCUCAGUCUGCUGAUCAGGAAGGGUUGUUAGAGUGGAAUGAUGGAUUCUAUAAUGGUGACAUAAAAACUCGGAAGACCACACAACCAAUUGAAUGUAAAGCUGAUCAAAUGGCUCUACAGAGAAGUGAACAAUUGAGAGAGCUAUAUGAGUCUCUUUCUAUAGUUGCCUGUAAUGAGCAGAAUAGAAGGCCUUUUGCUUCAUUAUCUCCUGAAGAUUUGACAGAUGCGGAGUGGUAUUAUUUGGUCUGCAUGUCCUUCACCUUUAAUUUGGGACAAGACUUGCCAGGAAGAGUGUUUGAACAUAAUGAGCCUGUCUGGUUGAGCAAUGCACAAUUUGCUGAUAACCGAACUUUUUCCCGUUGCCUUUUAGCAAAGAGUGCAUCUAUUCAGACUGUUGUGGGUCUUCCCUUCAUGAAUGGAGUACUAGAGCUUGGAACAUUUGAACUGGUUUUGGAAGAUCCUGUUCUUGUGCAAAGCAUAAAAAAUUCGUUCUGGGAGUUUGAAGACCCAGUUUCCUCUGAAAAUUCCACUUCAAGCCCCCCAUUUGUUGGGAAGGAGGUGGACAAUGUGCACCCGGUUCUGGAUCACGAAGUAGAUGACUCCAUACUGUUUGAGAAUCAGUCUGAAUUUAUGCACGACAAUGUUCCUGAGCUUCAUCCAAGCAUCUGUAAGAAAAUUCUUAGCAUUUCUGAGCGCAGAUCCAAUGUUUGUGAUGAUCAUUUAAGGAUUAAGAGACAAGAUUGGCAAUGGAAUGUUCAUAGAAGGAACUUUAUGGACGAUGAGGUUGACAAUGGCCUUCAUGAUUCUUUGAACUCCAGUGAAUGCCCAUCAAUGUCUUUUGUUCAAAACAUCCUUUCUUCUCCUAGAGGUGAAAGAGUGAAAGGAAACAUGCCUGACAAUCUUCAAGAGGAUAAUCAUGCAAAGUUUGGUUCCUUUGGUGUUGAGGGAGAUGGUUCUCAUUAUGCUUGCACUCUUUCUACUAUUUUAGGGAACUUGAAACAUCAAAUUUCAUUGCCAGGCAUUACUUUUGAGAAGAGUUCUAAUAAAUCUAGCUUUAAGGUUUGGAAAAGAGAUUCAAGGGCUUCAAAAAGUUUCACCAAGACACCGCAGAGAAUGUUGAAGAAUAUUUUAAUUGAUGGCAAAUGGAUGAAUGGUGAUCUGGUGAAACUCCAAGAAGAGCAGGUGUCGAGGAAUAAAACUUGGAAAACAGAGCCAGACGAUGCUAAUGCAAACCAUGUCUUAUCAGAGAGGAGAAGGAGAGAGAAGCUGAAUGAGAAAUUUCAUGUUCUCAGAUCAUUAGUUCCUUCAAUCAGCAAGGUCGACAAAACAUCCAUUCUUGCUGACACAAUAGAGUAUCUUAAAGAGCUUGAGAGAAGAGUUGAAGAGCUGGAAUCCUACAGAGAGGAAGCAGAUCCUGAGAUGACAGCAAGAAGAAAACAUCCAGACACCGCAGAAAGAACAUCAGAUAAUUAUGGCACCAAUGAGCUCCUCAAUUGCCGGAAACCUUCAUCAAAUAAGAGGAAAGCUAGCGAAAUCGACGAGGCCAAAGACGAAAAUCACAGCCUCUUACCAAAGAAAGGCUUAUUCGAUAUCAAUAUCACCAUGAUUGAGGAACUGGUGCUCAUAGAGAUGCAGUGCCCAUGGAGAGAUUUAUUGCUCCUUGACAUAAUUGAAGCCAUGAACAACCUUCAUUUAGAUGCUCAGUCUGUGCAGUCCUCCAUUGAUGAUGGCAAUCUUUCUAUUACAGUGCGAUCAAAGUUUAUGUGUGAGGUUAAAGCUUCCCCAGGUACUAUCAAGAGAGCACUUCAGAGAGUUGUCAGCAAAUGUAAUUAGAUGUUCAGUAAGUUCUAUCAUUAUAUUAGUAAACUUUUCUCUCAGGAAUCUCUUCUCUUCUCUUUGAGAUAAUUUUUACCCGUUUUAGUUUGCUCAUCAUUGUUUUAUUUUA